AAAGAGCAGCGUGGCAAGAGAUAGGUGCAGAAGAGUUUGGAUUUCGUUGAGGACAGAAACGAUCGCAGGUCGCAGAGACUCGUCGUCGUCUUCGUCGGCGUUGAAGUUGCGGUCUGAGAAUCGUCACGAAUUUGGCAGCGAGCUAAGCGAGAGUGAGAAUCUGUCGAGAUGUCGAGCGCCCACGGCCUCGUUCCUUCCCCGACCUCGACCUCCACGUGGACGGACGCUGGGCGCUGGUCCGCGAGUCGCAUCGCGGCUCGCGCGGCGCUCUCGUCGGACUGCACCGGCGGCGCGGUGGAGGCGGCGGCGGCAGCGGGACGCGUUGCGAUGGACAUCCGGCCUCUGAAACCGUCCUGGCCCUGGCACUUGGCCGGGAGCGAUUUUCCCGGCAACGAUCCUGGCGUAGGGAGGCGCCGCCACCUCGCGGUGCUGUCGGUGGACCAGCUGAUCGCGGCUAACCGGGCGCGGCACCGCACGAGCGACUACGAGGUGGACAACCUCGUGCUGCGCCGCGGGGAGCCCUUUGACCUGCAGCUCAAGCUGAACCGCCCCUACGACCCCAUAAGAGACAAGAUUCGCCUGGAGCUGCAGAUCGGACGCUUCCCGCUGGAGAGCAGGGGCUCCCUUGUGGUGGCGGAGGUGAGCGGAUGGAACUCCGAGAGUCGCUUCGGGGCCACGGUGUCACGCUGCAGCGGCAACGAGCUCACCAUCUCCAUGAACCUGGCCCCCAACUGCAUCGUGGGUCGGUUCGAGAUGUACGUCGUGACCGAGUCGGACGGACAGCCGAACAGGACCAGGAGGGACCCCAAUACGGACACCUACGUGCUCUUCAACCCGUGGUGCAGAGAGGACCAGGUGUUCAUGAGCGACGAGUCGUGGAGGCGCGAGUACGUGCUCAACGACACGGGCUGCCUCUACCUGGGCACGAGCCAGCAGAUCGUGACGCAACACUGGAACUUCGGGCAGUUCGAGCGCGGGAUCCUCGAUGUCUGCCUCUCCCUCCUGGACAAGGGGGACCUAGGCAUGAGUUUCCGCGGGAGCCCCAUCGCCGUGUCUCGCACCACCUCCGCCAUUUUGAACGCCAACGACGACGGGGUACUCAUGGGCCGCUGGUCGGGAAACUACAGGAAUGGCGUCCCCCCCACCGCGUGGAACGGCAGCGUCGACAUCCUCCUGCGCUACGGCCGCGUGGGACGACCCGUCCGCUACGGCCAGUGCUGGGUGUUCUCCGGGCUGCUCACCACCGUUCUCCGCUGUCUGGGCAUCCCCUGUCGCAGCAUCUCCAACUUCUCGUCGAUGCACGACCAGAAUGCGAAUCUGACAAUGGACACUUACUUGGACCAGGACAUGUGGCCCAUAGACUCGCUGAACCACGACUCCAUCUGGAACUUCCACGUGUGGAACGAGGCGUGGAUGGCGAGGCCCGACCUGCCGGGCGACAACGGCGGCUGGCAGAUCGUCGAUGCGACGCCGCAGGAGCAGAGCAACGGCCUCAUGCAGUGCGGGCCGGCACCACAGGUGGCGGUCAAGAACGGCCACGUGCACAUCAAGCACGACACCCCCUUCGUCUUCGCCGAGGUCAACGGCGACCGCGUGUACUGGGUCUGGGGCAAGGACUGGAGGUUCCACAAGGUGUACACCGACACGUCCGUCAUCGGCAAGGACAUCAGCACCAAGGCGGUGGGCAGCAUGCGACGCGAGGACAUCACCCUGCAGUACAAGUUCCCCGAGGGAUCGCGUGAGGAACGCGAUACGAUGGCUCUUGCCCUGGCGGGAGGCAUAGACUUCGUCCCCUACUCGCCGUCGACGUCCGGGGACGCCGCGCGGCGCGUGCCGUCCCCGGCCUCUCCUCCGGCCUCCCCGGCGGCCGCGGACGACGCCGUCGCCGUUGAGCGCCGACUCGGCCCCGGCGACUUGGCCCUCUCGUUCGCCAUCGGCGACGCGGCGGUGGGCAGCGACUUCGCGGUGAGGGUCCGCGUCGCCAACGGGAAGGGGACCGCCGCCACCGCCACCGUGACGGUGCACGUCCAGGGAGACUUCGCCUCCUACACGGGAGCCUCCAGGCAGCGCUUCAAGAGGGACAGGGCCACGGCGGUGCUCGAGCCCGGCGAGACCGGUGAGUUGGAGUUCCCGGUGCUGGUGAGCGACUACCUGCUUCACCUGAGCGAGCACGGGACCAUGAACUUCACGGCGUCCGCGCGGGUGGAGGAGACUGAGAACGUGGUCACGAAGGUCCGCGCCGUCAGCUUGCGCGCGCCCACGAUCGACAUCGCCGCGAAAGGGGAGGCCCGAGUGGACACGGAGAUGCAUGCCGAGCUGACGUUCAAGAACCCACUGCCCGUGUGCCUCACCGACGUCUCCUUCAACAUGGAAGGCCCUAGCCUCCUCAUACCCACAAUCAGAACCUUCCGAAACAUCAACGCGGGUGAGAGCGUCUCUCUCAGCCAGAGCUUCACGCCCACCAAGGCUGGCGAGCGGACGCUGAUGGCCAGCCUGCAGUGCAAGGAGCUCUACAUCGUCACCGGCACGCUGGAGCUCGCCGUGAGCGGGCGUGCGGUGGCAGCCGAUCAAGCGCUUUGAAUCCGCGCCGUGUCCUCGCAGCGCUGACCAGGGACAAAUUCCAAGAUCUCGCACCCCACCGCACGACAAUUCACAACUCAUGGGGCGGGAUGUUAACCACCUCGCCCGGUGUACAGGAGGUCGUGGGUUCGAUCCCGACCCUGACGCCUGCUGCGGUAUAUU